AUGUCUGCCACCCAUCAUUCCAAUCCUAUUGGAAGAGACCUGACUGUGCUUCAGAGGCUUCAGAAUGUGGAAGAGAAAUUAAACACUGAGCACAGACAUACAGCCCCUCAGGAAGAAUUUUCUCGAAAGCAGGAAGAAUUUAAACUAGAGAUACAAAGCAUGAAGACAAAGUAUGAGGAGAAAAUUAAAGAGCUGAAACAUGAAAAUUAUAUGCUUGAAGCAAAGUUGCAUGCUGAAGAAGAGAAAAUGAGGAGGAGGAGUCACCUGUUGGGUGACAAAAAUAAUCCUGCAACAGAGGAUAAACUGCAAAUCAUAAAACAGGAAAUAGAGGAACAGGAGACACUUCUAAAAGGUUAUCAGCAGGAAAAUGAAAGGCUGUAUCAACAAGUCAAAGAACUCCAACUUAAAAACAAAGAGAAUGAGGAACAUAUGUUUAAGGAAAACCAGGCACUCAAGGCAGAUAUAAUUUCCUUAAGAGAAAAGGUAAAUAGCACCACAAGAGGUAAUCAGUAUGCGUCACCUGGGAACGAAUCCAGUAACCAGAGCUUUACAGAGUUGAUUGCUGAGUUGCGCACCCUUCAGAAAAAAGAGGCCAGCUUGCUUGAUGAUAUAGCCAGGUGGGAAACAGGAGAAACAGGCUUUGGAAGUGGAUUUGGUGCAGUUGAGGAAAGAACGUGAUUUUCUUAAAACCCAGGUCUCCAACACCUCAGAUGAGAAAUCUUAUGAAAUGAAGAUUAUGGAGGAGAGCUAUAAGCAGGAAAUAAGCCGACUGAAUAAAAGACUCCAGUGGUUUGCAGAGAACCAAGAGAUCUUGGAUAAAGAUGCUGCAAGGCUUAGAGAUGCUUAUGAACAAAUAGAAAAGCUAAAGAUACAGGUUGAGAAGCUAACACUGAAUGCUGGAAAUCAGUCUGUGCAGCAACAGCAACGACAAAAGGACAGAUCUGCUGAUGCAAAAAGGAUUCAAGAUCUUGAGCGCCAGGUUAAAGAAAUGGAAGCCAUUAUAAAAAGAAGACACCCUAACUCUAUACCGGCAAUCAUGUAUGCAGCAGCUGCGGUUUCUGAAACCGAUCCCUCGAACAAAAGUAGCACUGUCUCCUUCUUAGAAAGACGGAUACAAAAAUUAGAAUGUGAUCUUGAGAGCAAGGAUGAAGAAGCAAAGAAGAGUCUACGUAGCAUGGAGCAGCAAUUUCAGAAAGUUAAGAUUCAGUAUGAAAGUCGAAUCAAUGAGCUUGAAGAAUUAUCUGCUCAGAAAACUCUGAAUGAGCCCCAAAAUAACAUAGAUAGCACAAUAAAAGUA